UUUUGUGUUUGGGUGCCCUCUAUGCAUGUACCCCUGCAGGCCAGAAAAGAGCAUCAGAUCCCAUUAUAGAUGGUUGUGAGCCACCAUGUGGUUGCUGGGAAUUGAACUCAGGACCUUCGGAAGAGCAGACAGUGCUCUUAACUGCUGAACCAUCUCUCCAGCCCCUCAGGAGCAUCUUGAUGCUGAACUGACUUAGACUGAUGGAGGAACCCUUCUAUUCCUCCUGUAAAAGCAGACACUAACCUGCUGGGCUUGAAAGUAAGUAAGGGGUGUGCUUGGGUGCUGGAACUACUGAGGGUCUGAGUCUGGGCGGCCCAAGAGUAUGGUUAGCAAGGUGAACAAAGAUGCUCAGAUGAGAGCAGCGAUUAACCAAAAGUUAAUUAAAACGGGAGAAGGAGAAUGCCUCAAAGAGCUGCUGAGAGCUAAAUUAACUGAGUGCGGUUGGAAGUAUCAGUCGAAGGCAGGCUGUAAAGAGGUAAUUAAAGGAAAAGGACCAGAGCACUUUACUGUUGCUGACUUGAUGGCUGAAAUCACUCUAAAAGGCAGAGCGCUGGUACCUGACAGCAUAAAGAAGGAACUCCCACAAAGAGUAAGAACAUUCCUUGCUCAGCAUGCCAGGCUUUAAGCGUGCAUUAGAAUGGGCUGUUCUGUGGAUUUAUUUCUGAAAGUAAAACUAGCCAUAAAUUAGAAAUUGAUUUCCCAA